CGCAGCUACUAGCGCGCGAGUGUUGCAAAGUGGGCUCAUGGACCCUUGCUUGGCGCAGUAUAUUUAGGCUCGCGGGAUGGCCGACGACAACCUUCUUCGCGAUGCGCUGGACGAGAUCGGCUUUGAGACGAUCUUUGCCGUCUACAGCGCCGGGCGCGAGGCGAUCGCGACCGAGCACCUCUCGACCGUGCUGGCCAAGAUGGGCUACAGCGUCGCGCGACGUGACCUCGAGCGGUACCUCGACGAGCUCGACCCGGACGCGACCGGCGACAUCACCAAGUCGGUCUUUCUUCAGUGGUUUGCACUGCACGCGGACCGGCUCGGCGAAGACGACGACGAGCCAACGACGCGGGACGACGAGCCCGAGCCGCUCUCGGCGAUCCAUAGCGAGAUGCUCGACGCCAAGAUGCAGCGCAAGCGCACCGAGGACGACGUCCAGCUGCUCGCGAACCGCCUCGCGCACCUCCGGAUGGAGGAGAAGAAGGCGCAAAAGAAGAUUGACGAGGCCAACAAGCGCGCGCGCGAGAUCGAGCUCGUCAAGAAGCGCAACGCCGACCACCUGCGCAUGAAGCGCGAGCACAUGGAGCGGCAGCAGUCCAACGUGCGCAGCGCGCUUGUCGAACACUCCAAGACGGCGGUGCUCUCGCAGAAGCGCAAGGAGACGGCGAUCCUCACGCUCACCGAGCAGCGCGCCAAGCAAGCGCAGGACAAGAAGGCGCGCCAGCAGCAGCUGAGCAUGCAGCUGGCCAAAGAGAAGGAGGCCGAGCGCCACCGGCUGUUGCAGCAGUCCGAGGCCAUCAAGCGCAGCGAGCUCGAGGCCGCGCGCAAGCGAGAGCUCGCGCGCAAGAAGCACGAGCAGCAACUCGUGCGCAACGCGCGGGACAAGCUCGCGGACGAGUAUACGAAAAAGAGUGUGGCCGAAAACAUCCUGCGCGAGAUGGAGAGCGAAGAGGCGCGGCUCAUCGAGAAGCUCCGGGACACGCAGGAGCACCAGAAGGAGGCGUUCCUGAACCUCGAGCACGCGAUCCAGCUGACGCUCCAUACUACUAACUAACACUCGCUUCGCACAUGCAAAUUGUUGUGGCAAAUUUAUGUCGAGAGCACUCGAUA